GUAACAAAUAACUUCCAUACAUUGGCUAUAUAAACUCUUUUAGAAAAACUUCAACAUACCUUAUGUAUUUAUUUGAAGUAUCAAUAUAUAAAAUUGAAACAAAAGAUUCUUUCCUUCUCGUAAAAGAAAGAAACAAAAAAAGAAAUCAUUCGUCGACUUUAUUACAAAACCCUCUCACAACACCAUCACUUCUUCUUCGUCUUCUGUCUGAGUCCAAAAUGGAAGACUACAGAUCCAGAUCGUACGGUGACGGGAGAACAUCAGACCUUCAACAAUACUCUGCUCACCGAAGAUCCGACGGUCCAGAUUCAUUCAGUGGUAACGGUAUGCAAGAUCUUAGGUCUUACAGUACUUCCUACACAGAUUACCCGACCCGGAUACCCGAAGACCAGAACCCGAAGAAAGGAAGAUCAUCUUCAUCGUCUUCUUGGGGAUUUGUGGAUCCAGAUUUACAAAGGAAGAAGAGAGUUGUUAGUUACAGAGCUUAUACUGUUGAAGGUAAGCUUAAAGGUUCUUUCAGAAAAAGCUUCAAAUGGAUCAAAGAUAAAUGCAACAAAUUACUUAAUUAAUUCUGUCAAAUGUGUUUUACAUAAGAUAAUAAACUUUUGUCACUUCGAUCGGUUGAGUUUCAAUCUUUUUUUGUGUAUGUGUGUGUGUGUUUGUGUGUGUGUUCUUAGCUUAUGAGUUGUGAUCGAUAGUGAUUUUGUAACAACAAUACUUAAUAGAUGAGUAAGUGAUUUCUUAUUCAAUUUUUGACGUAUCAAAACAAGUUACAAUGUUUUAAACAUUUUAAUUAAAACGGUGAUUAUUCAUUUCUUUAUCAUUGAAAACAUCCAUGAGUUAUUAUUAUCAUGUUUUGUAGUAGUUUCGUUUCAUAUUAUGCGUGUCUAAAAAGAUAACUUGUUUU